GCCAAUCUGAUCUGAAUCAGCAUCGUUUAUUGUAAUUGCCCUAAAUCCUAUGGCUAGGCUUUUUUUCUUUUCAUGUUUUCGGUAAAGAGCGUGCAAAAGCCUUCAAGUCACUUUCAGAUCUGAGCGCUCUGUUGUAUGCUCUCAACCCGCGAUUCGUCAAUAAUAAGACCUCUUUUUUUUCGAGGCUCUCAUCUAUUUGAAUGGUACUACUAAAUGUCACGCGUCCCAUAAUCAAGAUUGCACAAAAACCCUCUUCCUUGUGGUGCAUUUUUGGAUCUUACCUGCAUAAACCUUAGAUAAAAUUCUCACACAAACUGAGCUACUGAUGAUCUACUCUAUUACGUAAUACUUUGCCGUCAUUUGAAUUUUACACUUUGUUGCAUUUUGUCAAUAAUUUUUCUCCUUGCUUGAUCAACAUCACUUCCAAAUCUCUACCAAACCGUUGACCAAUGUCGAAAUUUCUAAUUUAUCAAGAAGAGGCAGAAAACGUUAUUCAGGACUGUCUGAAACAAACCGAGAGCCAUAGACGAGAAAACAAUAUCACGGACGUUCCAACCUCUUUUGUUAAGCAAUUAGUAGAAAACCAAAUAUUGAUAAUUGGCCUGAAUGAUGAAAGGAUUGGACUACCUCCUCCAGAGAAAGGAAAGGCUGACUGGCGAAGAACUGCUAUUGAACUUGUAUUUCGUAAAACCCUUCUAGACAUUGUUAAGAAAUUUGAGGAAAACGAAGAACGAUAUGGACGAAUGUUUGACUGUUUGGAUAUCAUCACAUAUUGUGCUGAAGAGACAUAUUUAUUGGACAACGUAGUUCCAUUGACUAUGAUUGAAGAAUUAGCUGAAGUACAUACAACGGUCGGCUGCGAGAAAAUAUUCAAUUAUAUUGAAAGUCGUAAAGAUAUGAUCACCAAGGGUAUGGUGCCAGGCAAAGGAAAAGGAUUAAUUCUUUUAAGAAUGUGCAACGAACUACUUCGUCGUUUGUCGAAAGAAACGAAUACAGUAUUUUGUGGGCGGAUAAUGAUGUUUGUGGCCAAUUCCUUUCCGUUGGCUGAAAGAUCCGGUGUCAAUUUGAGAGGUGAUUUCAACACAAAUAUGGUGCCUUACGACGAUAAUGAGCAAGUAGAUUCAGAUCCUAAUAUGACAGAUGACCAAAAGGAGUUUUACAAAUUGUUCUGGUCUACGCGCGUCUAUUUUGCAAACCCACCUAGCAUCUUUACAAACCAUAACUUUGAACAGCUGCAAGCAGGCACCGAUAAAAUUAUAGAAAGAUUCAAGAUCAUUGCAGAGAAUGAGGCUGAGAUUUCAGGCGCACGUAAAAGUGAAGGUGGACAAGCCAUUGGCUCAAAACGUGAUAGAACAGAUUAUGAAUCGGAUAAUACUGUACAGCAAAUGGAGGAAGAUCCGCAAUUAGCAGAGGAAAUGUUAGCCAUGAUCAAUAGAGACUACCAAUUCCCUAGGUUAUUGAGCAGUAGAAAGUUACUGGGAUUAGAGUUGGAAGAUGUUAAAUUCAGACGUAAUGUCAUUGUACAAUACCUUAUUCUGUUUCAGUAUCUAUCAGGUUUUUCUGAAAAAGAAAAAGAAAAGACCAAAGAGGCUUUAGCAGAGAUACAAGCCCGUGGUGGUACCACAAAGCAGUCUCUUAUUCAACCAGUAUACAACUUGAAAGAUGAACAGAUUAAAUGGAUACGAGAAACACGAGAAUCUUUUCUAACCUUACUUAGAGCUACCAAACCUCAUGGCAAUCUAUAUACCGAUAUUAUUCUGACUAUUCUGAAAAACGAGACCCAUUGGAUUAUAUGGAAGGCAGCAGGUUGCCCACCAUUCGAAAAGAAACCUACGGAUAUGCAAACAUUAGAAAUAAACCUAAGAAAGAAGAAAGUCAGAUUAGAAGCAAAUCCUAUCAAUUUUAGAUAUACACAUGGUAGUCCUGAAGUGUCUAAACUAUACACAAAAGACAAUUUGUCUUUAGCUGACUUUAUGAAAAACCGUCGACAGUUUCCUUCAGCUAUUGAUGUGAUCGAUAAAGCUCUUGCUGAGCUUGAUGAUUCUCUAGACCCUUCCAAGGAAAGAUUCAAUUAUGCUAAUGGUGCACUGUUGCAUGCUGCUCGUCUUACUUAUCCACGCCAUCCAACACUUAUUCGUCAGAUUUACAACGCAAAAAAGGAAGUCUAUAAAGGGUUGUACAGUAAACUGCAAGAAGAAGUCAAACAACAAGAGGAACAACGCGAAGAAGGAGAAGCAACAGAUGACCAAAAGCUUCCAGUGAGUUCUUUGUCAGAUUUUAUGGUCGGCAACGAUGAAGCAAUUACAGAAGAUCAUCACCUCUUAAUAAUCCUCCUAUUAUCGAUACUGUCACUGUUUAUCGGACCUUCUGCAUCCAGGCAAAUCACUGUUGACAAUAGAUGUCAUCAUGCGAUUCACGUCGGCUAUCAAACGAACGGUGCUGGCGAUCCACAAAUACUCCCUUCCCUCAAACCAGGUGAAGCAAUAAAUUUACAGUUUAAACCAGACUGGUCAGGUCGUGUCUGGGCUAGGCCGCCUUGUGACAAAGGUGAUGAAUGCACUAGGGUAGCAAGUGCAAAGGAUCCGGCGUCCCUGGCCGAGUUCAAUUUCUUCGAUAACAAUAACCAAGUUAGCGUAGCAGCAGGUAUCGAUACAGACUACUAUGACGUGUCCUUUGUAGACGGUUUCAACCUUCCCAUCCGAGUUGAGCCUGUUGUUGAUAGCAAAUUCCGUAAUGGUUAUUAUUGUACCCGUACAGAGUGUACAGAGCUUCCUUCUUGUCCUGAAGACCUCCAGGUAUUGGAUAGUCAAGGUCGGAUUGUGGGUUGUGAAAGUGCUUGCUCAAAAUAUGGAACGGAGCAAUACUGCUGUACAGGAGAUUUUGGCACGGCUGAAACUUGUUUGAACUCGGUGAAUCCUUUCGCGACUGUUGUUGAGCAACAAUGCCCUAAUGUUUAUAGUUUUGCUUAUGAUGAUGCAACGAGUAUGUAUACUUGCAACCAAGCUCUAUUAUAUCAGGUUACCUUUUGUCCCGAUUCAUAA